AACUGUGUGAUUAGUGAUUCUCGCGGGUUAAAGGAGACUGGAAAAGCGAAUCACCCGUGCUGGAUGUUUGUCGAGCAGGUCGUGAGCCAUGGCUGUGUGGAUCCAGGCCCAGCAGCUGCAGGGCGACGCGCUGCACCAGAUGCAGGCCCUGUAUGGCCAGCACUUCCCCAUCGAGGUGCGACAUUACCUGUCCCAGUGGAUAGAGAGCCAGGCCUGGGACUCAAUAGAUCUUGAUAAUCCACAGGAGAACAUUAAGGCCGCCCAGCUCCUGGAGGGCCUGGUGCAGGAGCUGCAGCGGAAGGCGGAGCACCAGGUGGGGGAGGACGGGUUCCUGCUGAAGAUCAAGCUGGGCCACUAUGCCACGCAGCUGCAGAGCACCUAUGACCGCUGCCCCCUGGAGCUGGUCCGCUGCAUCCGGCACAUCCUGUUCAACGAGCAGCGGCUGGUCCGUGAGGCCACCAACGGCAGCUCCCCGCCCAGAAGCCACCCUGACACCCUGUCUCAGAAGCACCUGCAGAUCAGCCAGACGUUCGAGGAGCUGCGGCUGGUGACGCAGGACACGGAGAAUGAGCUGAAGAAGCUGCAGCAGGCGCAGGAGUACUUCAUCAUCCAGUACCAGGAGAGCCUGCGAGUCCAGGCCCAAUUUGCGCAGCUGGCCCAGCUGAGCCCCCAGGAGCGGCUGAGCCGGGAGCCGGCCCUGCAACAGAAGCAGGCGACGCUGGAGGCCUGGCUGCAGCGCGAGGCGCAGACUCUGCAGCGGUACCGCGUGGUGAGUGCCGGCCGGGCCUUGUCGGUGCGGGCGGCUGGGCUCAGGGCUGGGGCUCAGGCCGUGUCCACCCCCAGGAGUCGGCUGUGCCGGGCCUCGUGGGUGCGGGCGGCGGGGCUCAGGGACGGGGCUCAGAAGCAGCCCCCGCAGGUCCUGAAGACGCAGACCAAGUUCGCGGCCACCGUGCGGCUGCUGGUGGGCGGGAAGCUGAAUGUGCACAUGAACCCGCCGCAGGUGAAGGCCACCAUCAUCAGCGAGCAGCAGGCCAAGGCGCUGCUCAAGAACGAGAACACCCGCAAUGACUAUAGUGGCGAGAUCCUGAACAACUGCUGCGUCAUGGAGUACCACCAGGCCACGGGCACGCUCAGCGCCCACUUCCGCAACAUGUCCCUGAAGCGAAUCAAGAGGUCGGACCGGCGUGGGGCAGAGUCAGUGACAGAGGAAAAAUUCACCAUCCUGUUCGAGUCGCAGUUCAGCAUUGGUGGCAAUGAGCUUGUGUUCCAGGUCAAGACCCUGUCCCUCCCGGUGGUGGUCAUCGUCCACGGCAGCCAGGACAACAACGCAACAGCCACGGUGCUGUGGGACAACGCCUUUGCAGAGCCCGGCAGGGUGCCGUUCGCGGUGCCCGACAAAGUGCCGUGGCCCCAGCUCUGCGAGGCGCUCGACAUGAAGUUCAAGGCCGAGGUGCAGAGCACCCGGGGCCUGACCAAGGAGAACCUGGUGUUCCUGGCGCAGAAGCUGUUCAGCAGCAGCAGCGGCCACCUGGAGGACUACAGCGGCAUGGCCGUGUCCUGGUCGCAGUUCAACAGGGAGAACCUGCCUGGGCGGAACUACACAUUCUGGCAGUGGUUCGAUGGCGUGAUGGAGGUGUUGAAGAAACACCUCAAGCCCCACUGGAACGACGGCGCCAUCUUGGGCUUCGUGAACAAGCAGCAGGCGCACGACCUGCUCAUCAACAAGCCGGACGGCACCUUCCUGCUGCGCUUCAGCGACUCGGAGAUCGGCGGCAUCACCAUCGCCUGGAAGUUCGACUCUCAGGAGAGAAUGUUCUGGAACCUGAUGCCCUUCACCACCAGGGACUUCUCCAUCCGGUCCCUGGCCGACCGCCUGGGGGACUUGAACUACCUGAUUUACGUGUUUCCUGACCGGCCGAAGGACGAGGUGUAUUCCAAGUACUACACGCCGGUCCCCUGCGAACGCGAUGCCGCUAAAGCCGUGGAUGGCUACGUGAAGCCACAGAUCAAGCAGGUGGUCCCCGAGUUUGCCACCGCCUCUGCAGAUGCUGGGGCCAGCGCCACCUACAUGGACCAGGCCCCAUCCCCAGCCGUGUGUCCCCAGGCACCGUACAACAUGUACCCGCAGAACCCUGAUUCCGUCCUGGACACCGAUGGGGACUUUGACCUGGAGGACACGAUGGAUGUGGCGCGGCGUGUGGAGGAGCUCCUGGGCCGGCCAAUGGACAGUCAGUGGAUGCCCCACGCGCAGUCGUGACCCGGCCUCCCGCCCGGCUCCGCCGCCCCGGUGGGGGACAGCUCUCGGGGAUGCCACAUCCGUGAUCCGCUUCUCCUUGGAAACAAAGCUUAUAAUGUGAAGUGCUGAUUGUAGUCGUGACCUUUGUGCCCCGUGCACGCAGCGCCUGCGCCCGCGCGUGCGCUGUGCUUGCCUUUUGUGGCACUUCUGCCCCUCGCUCUCAGAGCCCGGCGGGCCUCGCGUUCUUUCCGUGAGCAGCAAGGAGGCACCUCUAGGGUGGCGCAUGGCGACCUGUGGCUGUCCCAGUGGGAGAAGGACAAAGGCAUUUGGCCUAGGUGGUGACAGGGCCUGGGCAGCAGUGGCUUUUGGAGAGGCGGUGGCCCUCUGCAUACCCCCGCGCCCUCCCGCUGUUCCCUCCUGCCUCUGGCCUUGCCGUUUGUCCCUUGUGUGUGUCCCCCUGAGUGGGCGUCAGGACGGAGUGCCAGCCAGGGGUCUGUGCCCCCAGUGGCCCUCAGGCUUCCCGAAUGCUUUGUGCCCAUAACGGCUUCUCACGCGUUGAAUGGUUUUGUUUCCAAAUUGGGUCUUUUUUGUUUUUUUCAUUGACACCAAAAUCCUCGUCCUGCACCAGUUUUUGGGCCCUUCACAUCGUGGCCACCCCCUUCUCCUCUCCCAGUUGGUCACCUGCCCAGUGUGGGGAGGAGGAGGUGAUGAGGGGGCCUGAAGCCAGGGCUCCCUGGUCACCUCCAGUGCUGGGCGCCAGCCGGUGUGGUAAUGGGGACCCCUCAGAUUUGCAGGGAAGCCCCGGCCUGGUGUUGCUCCCCGUUUCCUCUGUGGAUCACCCCAAGAGAAGGGGCAGGCAGAGGACGAACAGACAGCUUCUGGGUUGGCGCCUUGGUCCCUCUCCUUGAGGGGGGCAGGGUGCCCUGGGAGAGGUGGCUGGAAAACCUUAUUUUUAUACAUGUGAGUAAAUAAACAUAUUUUUUUUUUUUUUACAAAAAUAACUUCUGAAUUUACCAGUGUUUUGCUGUUCCGAAUACUCCUCUGUAGUAAAUUAUUUAUUGGAAGAUGACUUUUUAAGAGCUGCUGUUUGCCUUGCCUGGGUUUCGUACGCUGAUUUAUUUUUCUAUGCCAGGUGGUGGGCUCCACUUUGGAGUAGGCAGGUGCCCAAGUGGAGGGGCCACUGAGCCCCUCCUGUCACCCAGUGUCACUCGGAUGCCCACCCCAGAGCCAGGCUCACCAAGCCCUUUCCUGCCGGUCUGGGCCAUGCCCCACACCCCGCUGCUGAUUGGUGGGGACAGGGCCUUGGCCCAUUCCAGUUGGUGGCACAGCCUCAGGGCCCACUGUGCAGUUGGCACCGGCUUGGGCAAGGGACAGAGCUGCGCCAGGCCGGGGCACAUGGGGGCGGGCAGGUGCACCCCUCGGCUGCUGCCAGGGAGGCCACGCAAGCCCGCUGCCCGCGCCAGCUGCUGCGCUGGGCCAGGCAGGCGCAGGGCUUGUGGGGUGGUGGGAGACUCACGUGAGUGUGUGAACUCGCCACGGUGAAAGGUUACUUUUUAUAAUUUUUCUUUCAAACUUUAUGAAAUUAUUUGAGAUACAUAUUUUAGUGUUGGGCAGAUUAGUAUAUAGCAUUGUGUACAAUUCCAGGCAAUCACGAAACUGCGCAUUUUAUGUUACUUAUAAUAAAGGCUCUGUGCAGG